CUUCAUACACUUUCGACAAAGAGCUGUCCAUAUUCGACAGCAUAGCGAAGUUAAAUAGCGUUUUUUUUUGGAUAACAGAAAGUAUGUGGGCUUAAAGUACGGUUUUAAAUAGUAUCAUGGAUUUAUGUUUGUUGUGAGUCAUGUUAAAAACAUCAUGCAGGCUUCUCUUCUGGGUCGUAUGUUUUCUUACUUCGUUCACUUACUUGGUCACAAUGCUAACUAGCUAAUGCUAAAGCUACCUCGAGCACAACAUUCUAAUGGUGGAUCGUGGAAAAACUUCCCUUUUUGUCUUCACGUGAAGUCGCUCGUAAACAAGAGAAACCACUGACACUUUGGAUGGCCGUGGCUCCCGCCUUCAUGGCAGAUAAGAUCAUAGUCCUUGAUGAUGACGAUGAAGAGGAGAUCCCUCAACCCUCCUGCUCUGCCUCCACCUCAUCCUCCCAGCAUAAAGCCAAAAUUGUCUCCCCCCUCAGAGCUCAGCAACCUGCCCCUACCCACAUUACCCAGUCACCUUUUGCCUCAGCCAAGAAGAACACACACGUUCUGCAGGCGGAGAACCAGAGGUUGUUUUCUGACUUUGUGGAGCACUGCGCAUCUCUCACCCAGGACUGCCCCGAGGUCUUGACUUUCCUCCAAACCAAACAUGCCAAGGCCUCCCCCGACUAUCUGUCAUCAGUGGAGUUCAGGAACACCUUGGGACGAUGUUUGACUCGCGCUCAGGCCAAUCGCUCCAAAGCCUUUGUCUAUAUCAGUGAACUGUGCACUGCACUCAAGCAGAAUGCAGCCAAGAGGAGGCUGAUCCUAUCCAAGGUUGAACCCCGGCCUUCUACCUCAGCAUCAAGUUUCCAGUCUACCUCUGUUAUGUUCCAAAAUGAAGACGUGGCUAAUAUGAAAAUGGAGGAGGGAGACGGAGGGGUGAAACUGGAAGCGGGAGAUAAAGAACCUUCCACCUCUGGGCUGCAGGAGGACCAGGAAGCAGUGAAAAAGGCAAAGAGGGCGUCCAAGAAACAGAUAGCGUACCUGGAAAACCUACUGAAGCUGUACAACGACGAGAUCUGCCGCCUGCAGCAUGCCGAGCUGAGUUUGGACGACCUGGGAAAUGAGGGCUCUUCGUACAUCCAGGAACACAAGCUCAAACGCAAGAUGAUGAAGAUUUAUGAAAAGCUGUGUGAACUAAAGAGCUGCAACACGCUAACCGGCCGAGUCAUCGAGCAGAGGAUCAGCUACAAUAGCACCCGUUAUCCUGAGAUCAACAGGAGGAUUGAGCGCUUCAUCAACAGUCCUGAGGCGCAGAGGAACCCUCCGGAUUACCAAGACAUCCUCCAACAGGUGCUGCACGCCAACGAGCGCCACAACCUGUGCCUGAGCCGGAAACUGUUGAACCAGAUCGCACAGGAAGCUUUCAGAGAGACCGGGAGCCGCAUCCAGGAGAGGCGUCACCUGGACCUGGUGUACAACUUUGGCUCGCGCAUCACUGACACCUACAAGCCCGCCUCAGACCCGGCUCUGUCAGACACCUCCCUGCUGCGGAAGCUUCGUUCAAACAGAGAAGUGGCCUUAUCCAGUCUUGAUGAGGUCAUCAGAAAGUACGCCGCCAAACAGGAUGACACAGAGGAGCAGGAGAGGGCCAGACGCCUGGACGGCAAAGACAAAAAGGUCAACAAAUCCGAAAAUGGAGAAGAGAAAAAAGAGGUGAACGGCGAUGCACAGAAGGAGGAGGAGGUGGAGGAGGAGCAAGAAGAAGAGGUGGACGAGGUGGAGGAGGAGCAAGAAGAAGAGGUGGAGGAGGACGAUGAAGAAGAUGAGUCGUCAGACACAGACAUCGAGGAGGAGAUCCAGGCCAGCACUCAGCAGGCUGGAGACAAUGAUGAUGAUGAUGAUGAUGAGGAGGAGGAGGAGGAGGAGGAGGACAGUAACGAAGCAGAACCUGCACGUGAUGCUGCCAACGGGGACAUUCAGACAGAUGAGUUACCAGGAAUCGUAACCGGGGUUAAAGAAACAAACGUGAAAGACGAGGAGCCAGUCACAAGUGGUCUCAGUCCUCUUUCUGAUGGAAGCAACUCCCAAAUCUCUCCGCUGUCUGACCUCCCCUCCCCUAGACAGAGCCCCAGCCAAUCAGAGCCCAUGCAGACUGAGGAAAAGACGCCGCUGUCUAAUGGCGACCCCGCAUCAUUAGAGGAGCCUGUGGAUUCCUCCAACCACGUUUCAGUCGUGACUGUUGCCACCAGCAAAGACACUGAGGACGCUGCAGACGUCUCUUCAGCAGCAGCCAAUGGGGUGACUUUGCCACUGUCGCCAGCAGUCCUCGCAGAAAACUGUGACACACAGACCAACGGCACGUCGCCGCCGCCGCCCAGCCUCAGAGCCAGGAGGAGCCACAAGCGAAAGAGGGAGGAAACGAUAUCAGGGAACUCCCAAAACACUAAGCACAUACUCAUCCACGACAGUGACGUGGAUAUCCCUCUGGAUAUGCACGCUUUCACCUGGAGCUCUCCAGAGCAGGCAGAGUUAACCCGAGCGAACACUCCAACCCAGGAAAUAGUCAGCAGCUCCCAGUCGACACCGCCGCCCAAGAAAAACAAGGUCAACGUGGCCACACAGUGUGACCCAGAUGAGGUCAUCAUCCUGUCAGACUCAGACUGACAUUUCACCUUUGACCUCUCACUGGACUGAAAGAGUGUUCACACUUUUUUUUCAGGACUGGCCUUGUGUGCUGGUUUGUAGUAAGAGGAAACGAUUUGGAAAGUUAUGAAUUUAGCAUCCAAUAUUAUAUCAUCCAAUAUAUAAAAAAAAGGCUUGAAUAAAAAUGAUUCUGUAAUCAAAAUAGAAAGAAAGCUGUUUAAUCUGGACAUGUUUUUUGGAAAAUCAAGGAGUGAUCCUGUGCUGCUGUGCCCUCCAGAGAACACUGCUGUCCCUGUCCUCUCUGUGAUGCACUAAAGUCAACCUCAUCCAGAUCACAUGGCUGAUCCAGACUUCUGGCGCAGUGUUUCCUGCCUUUCAGUGUAACACUAAUAAUGCUUCAGUUAUUAGUAGCAUUGAAAGGAAUCUGUUGCCGCUCUCAACGCAGAUGAAAAAACAACUUCUCUUGUGGUGAACUUUUGUUGGUGUGCUUAAAGAUGGAAACCAGUGCCUGAAAACAUGACCUGUGAGACGGACAGGGAGUAUUGUUUUCACAGACACUCGACUGGCGGGGCCGUACCGCUAGUUUGUUUACAUUUUUAUAUUUCAAUCUCUUUUUUUCCCACAAAGGAGAGAGGGGAGGUCAAUUUCAUUCGCUACCUAUGAUGUGUGUGAAGUAAGCGAGCUGUGUUCUCCGGGUGGAGAUGGGGACUGCAGCUGUGAUUAUGGAGGAAAACAAUGUUUUUUAUGUUUUACCUCAACACAUAUUUUUAUUUUUAGGUUUAUGAUAAAGUUUAAAGUUAAUAUUUUUAUUGAGAUGUAUGUGUCUUGCAGGAUAGCUAUAUAGUUCCCAGUUUUGACAUUUUUAAAUUACACAUAUGGACAAAGCUAAUAUAGAAUUGUUUUAGCAAUAUUCAUAUUUUACUUAUUGUAAACAGAUCCCAUGAAAAGACCAACGCUGGGGAAUUGUUACUAAACUCUGUAGCUUUCAAUUGAUUUUUUUAAUCUAAAAUCCAUUAAAAGAUACAAAAAAACCCGAAUGAGGUUGCGCUGGCUGACAUGUUCCUUUUUUAAGAUGAACAUGAAUGAGUUUAUCUUAGGGCCCACAUACUCUGUCCUGCUGCUGCUUGAAAUAGUCCCAAACAAAAGCACUCCUUGAGUAAUGUUUGUUGGGGAAAAACUACAGAAACCAGGAUAGAUAUGUACUACCACCUUAUUGGUUAUUGGUAUUUGUUGACAUUAAGACUUAUUCUUUAAGGAACUAAAGCAUAAGCUAUGACUGAGAUGACUAAUUGAUGCCGCUCCGUCUAAUCAUUAAAUUUUACUCCUAUAACUUAAUGUGUCCCCAGAAUGUAAGCCAAAUCUGAACUCACCAAACGUUUAUUCUGACACAUUAAGAGGUGUUCCUUCCUGUCAUUACACUGAAUUCAGAAGGUUUUUUUCCAUGAAAGUAGAAAUAAAACAAACUCUUUUAUAAACAAGUAAACUGGCUUUGUAAUUGAAUGGUCAUGUUGGACCUUUUUAAAGCAAUUUGACAAAAUCAUUUUAAUUGUUCAAAAGGUGUCUUUUGUGAGUUAGUGUCUAUUUUAAAGGUGUUUUUCCUUUCUUCAGUUAAAUACGUUGCUGCACUUCAGAUCUCUAGCAAUUGGUGAUUUGUUUUCCUUUAUUACAGACAGUUGUCCGGUGCUCAUUUAAUGGAGCCUUUUUAACCCUUUGGUGAAGGCAACAAUCCCUAUCUUUGUCUUUUCACCUGAAUCCAAUGUUUAUUAUUUUCCAAUUAAACCCAACGAAGGUUAUAUUUUGGAGUAAACAGACUUCCCAAUGGAAUACGUUAUCACAGAUGCUAGGCCUCAUUUAUGCAGAGCGGUGAUCCAUCCACUGUGAAGUGUUUUUUCAUUUUUGAUAAAUAAAUGAUAUUUUUUUAAUGA